AUGUCGAAUCGAUCUAUGGACGAAGAAAUCGAACGAAUUUUCAAUGGGAAAAUAGAAAUUACAAAAGAAAAACUAAAACAAACUUUAGAAGAACUCCUUAACAAGUACAAUAGUCUCAGGCGGAGUCACAGUGCCAUACAUCGUGCUGCUCCGUUGCAUAACGAAAUGAAACAAGAACCAAAUCAACUUUUAGAAUCUGAGCUGGACAAAAUCACUUCGAAUACAAUCUCUAAGGAGCACGCAAAAUCGAUCUUAUCAGCAUUGAGAACCCAGAUGAAAGAUCAAUGGCAUGCCCACAUCGACAGUUACAUUCAAACAUCUAUCAAGGAUGAAAUGAAGAAGCUCAAUGUUCAUGAAGUCAAUGUCAGUCAAGCACAUGAUCUACUCCGAACCAUUUGUCAUCGAAUGAAGCCAAGUCAUGAUGGUACACCUGCAGUACUAGAUGACAGUGUUAAAAAUGAUUUUUUGAAUGAAUUCAAGUCCAAACAUGGCUCGAACAAGAUCAGUGCUGAGGAAGUUUGGGAAAUAGUGAAGGAUUUCGAUAAGAAGCAGCACGAUAAGAUGGGGUGCUGUGAAAAAAAUUCCCAAUGGGACAGCCAACGCGAGAAAAAAUGGGAUGAAAUCUUUCAUGAACAAUAUAAAGAAUUAUUCGGUGAGAAAAACAAUUCAAAGGUUAAUGAACAGCAAUUGGAAGAAUUAGCCAAGAGGUUAAAAGAGAAAUUUCAACAAGAAUGUCCACAACACCCCGGCAAACGUUUUUGUCAGCACUGA